AUGGACUUCCUCCGGCUACACCUCCCUGGUCUGCAUCAGGCCUUGAGGGGGGCACUGGACUCCUUCAGCACCUUUGUCUCCUAUCUCAUGGGAGAUGGGGUCCCCACUGCAGAGGGCAGAGAGGCUCAGACAGCCAAGGAACUGGGGGAGGUGGGUGCAGGAAGGCCAAGGAGGGAUGUGGAAGAGGAAGCUCAGGAGGCCCUGGAGGGCCUUAGAGGCAGCCAAAAAGAGGGGAACGGAGGGCUGAGAGAGCCUGGAGAGGCCGGAAGACACCAGGAGGGAAGCUUAGCUUCAGAACAGACCUGGGGUUGGGGAGAAGGCAGCUCCCAUGCGUCCCAAGCAGACAGACAGGAGGACACUGGGGCCUGGGAGACAGCCAAGGCUGCCAGGUGCCAGGAACUGAAGGCCCCCUCAGAGGCCAGGAAGAAGUCUGAGACAGGGUCUGCGUCUGGCCAAGACAGGAGCAGCCAGGUCCAGGAGAGGCAAGGGUUUGAUGAGGAGGAAGUGAACAGAAGGGAGACACUGAGAACCUGGGAAAGAGAGGAGGAGGAGGAACAGGUCAGGACUAGAGAGCCAGGGGUGGCUGAAGGGGCGGAGUCAGAGUGGACCUGGCACCGGGAGCCUGAGGGGAAGGCUGGUGUUGGCUGGCAAAAUGAGGCGGGAGAUGGCAAGGAGACAGAGCAGGUGGUCAAGGAGGCUGUUGUGGAGGAGAUCCAGGGACCUGAGGCCAGAGGGGCUGGCAGAGAGGAAGAGGUGGUGAUAGUGGUGAGGGGUGGCCAACUCAUGGUGGAGGCACAGGGGCUAGGGGCAGAGCCUGCGGUCUGGACAACCUCAGGCAGCAAAGAGGUAGUUGAGAAGACAGAAUAUGGAGUAGUCCCAGGAGAAAGGACCCCAGAGGACACUGAGAAUGUCUGGGUCUUAGAUCAUGCCUCCAAGGGAGACUGGGAGGAGAAGGGGGAUGGGAAGAGAGGCCCUGAAGAGAGCCUUUUCCCCAAACAGACCCAGGCCCUGGGGACUGAAGGAAUGGAAGAAGGGGCUGGGGGUCAGGUGGCAGGGCGGGAGCCGACCGGAGGCCACAGGUCAGAGGAGGAGGUAGGGGAGGGUUUUGAGGGCCAGGCAGACCAGGGCAGGAAAGAAGGUGAGAGGAGCCAAGACUCAGAGCUUAGGGCUGAUCAGGCCAAGCUGGAGGAGGUCGAGGAGACCGAGGAGGAGAGAGGGAAUGUCUGGGUUGCAGAGGCUGGGCUGCCCCAGGACGAAAAAGCAAAAGGGGCUGAAAGUGAUGCUGACUUGGAGUCACCUGCAGAGGCCAGAGCUGAGAAGGUGUCUAUAGACCAGAGGAUUGAGGAGGAGGGUCAGACAGGCCAAGAAGCUCUGAGGGUGGAGUGGGGAGGCUUUGAAUGUGAGGUCACUGAAGGCCAGGAACCUGAGCCGAUGGAAGGGGCCCAGUCCCCAACUAAGAAACCUGAGGGUGGACAGGGGGCUAAGGAAGAACUCUGGAGAGCUCCAGCUCUGGGCAAGGAGGACACAGAAAGGAACCUGGGGGAGGAUUUCUGGUACUUGGGCUAUGCACAGUCUGAUGUCCAAGUCUCUGAGGCAGAAGCCUGGAGAAACCAGAAGAGAAGGGAUGUGGAGAGAGGAAACACUCAGGAGAAGGCAGAAACUGAGGAGGUGGGGGAGGGGGCUGAAGGACGCCAGGCCCUGGAGGCUGAGGUCAAAAGGGGCCAAGAGUCUGAACGACUGGAGAUCCUGGAGGCAUAUGGGGAGUGGAAGAAAGCAAAUGGCACUGGGUGUGGGACAGAGGUGGAAGAGGCCCUGGAGGCAGAGGAUCGAGAGCCAGGUGGAGGCCAGGAGGCAGAAGUAGGGGCAGACCAGUCACUGGAAGAUUGGCAAGCCAGAGAAUCCAGAGAUGAGGAGGUGGAGGCUGAAGUGCCUUGGGGGGCAGACGGAACACCCAGGGGAGACUGGGGGCUGGAGGAGAUGGCUCCGAGCCUCCAGGACAGCAAGGGCAUGCAGGUCAGGAGGGCUUUGGGUACCAGCAUUGUCACUGUGGAGGAUAAGGCAGCCCUGGAUGCCCAAGAGAACAGGGUGGAGAAAGAGCCAGAAUGGGAGGCUGUGGGUACCUGGGAGAAGGAGCUUAAGAGAGGCUGGGACUCGGAUGAGAGAGAGGAGGCUGGAGGAGGUGAGGACAGAGGUGGGCAAGAGUUCAGCCUGGGGAGCUCAGCAGAGGAGGAAGUGACUGGCAGAGGCCACCAAACUGAGGCUUUUGAGGCCACGGAGGGAGAGUCUGAGGGAGAUGAGUCUAAGGCUGGCGAAUCUGCAGUGGCAGCAGGAAGCUGCAUGGACCGCUUAACGCUGGGCUCCCAAGUGGUGAGAGCAGAGGAGACCAUGGCCAUGGAGGAGGCUGAGGGGCUCCCAGGAAAGCAGACAGUGGAGGCAACAGAGGCUGGGGAGUGGCAAAUGAUGGAGCAAGGAGCAGAGAGUGAGGGCCAGCAUGAGGAGCACCCCUCUGAGGGAGAAGCACAAAGGAUCCUUGACGUGGAGGAUGUUGAAGUGGCUGGAGGCCGGAGGCCAGAGUCUGAGGAGCACAGGGAAGCCAAGAGGGCCAGGGAGGCUGAGGAGGCCGGGGAGGCUGAGGGGGCCGGGGAGGCUGAGGGGGCCGGGGAGGCUGAAGAGGCUGAGGAAGCCAGGAAAGCCAAGGAGGCCGGUGAGGCUGAGGAGGCUGGUGAGGCUGAGGAGGCCGGGGAGGCUGAGAAAGCCAGGAAAGUCAAGGAGGCUGGCGAGGCUGAGGAGACUGGGGAGGCUGAGGGGGCCGGGGAGGCUGAGGGAGCCGGGGAGGCUGAGGGGGGGGCUGGGGAGGCUGAGGAAGCCAGGAAAGUCAAGGAGGCUGGCGAGGUUGAGGAGACUGGGGAGGCUGAGGGGGCCGGGGAGGCUGAGGGGGCUGGGGAGGCUGAGGGGGCUGGGGAGGCUGAGGAAGCCAGGAAAGCCAAGGAGGCUGGCGAGGCUGGGGAGGCUGAGGAGGCCAGGGAACUUGAGGAGGCCAGGGAAGAUGAGGAGGUUGGGGAAGCUGAUCCAGAAGGCCUAGAGGAUGUCAAAGGCCAGAAGGAAGAGCCAACAGCCCAGGACCGUCCAAAGGCUGAGCCUCAGCUGAAGGAGGAGGCAGAGGCUGCAGAGCCCACAGGAAGUGCCCAAGGCGACGCUCACAGCAGCUGGAGCGAGGCCCUGCUGCCUGGGUCCCGCCUGGAUGUCUCUGUCCCACGGAGCCGCGCACUGCUCUCUCGCAGCUCCUCACAGCGCCGCUCCCGGCCCUCUUUCCGUCGGACCCCUGCACGUGGGCAGCACGAGGAGACCCCCAGCCCGCCACCUGAGGCAGAACUCCCAGCCCCCCAGCAGAGACAUCUCCAGUUAGAAGAGCCCCCGGAACCAAGCCCUCCAAGGCCUGAAGGGACCCCGGUGCCAGCCAGGAGAAGGCCCCUGGGACAUGGGUUUGGCCUUGCACAUCCUGGCAUGAUGCAGGAACUGCAAGCCCGACUGGGCCGGCCGAAGCCCCAGUGA